AUGCAAUGUAUAACUAAAAUAUUGCCUCUUUCAGGUCUGACGGAACUUUCGUUCCGAAAGAUAAGAAGAGGAAGAAAGAAGAGAAAGGCUGAACGACUCUCACUUAGGAGUAGGAUUCAAAAGAAAACUGCAUAUUCCCAAGAACUGGAAGAACAAGUAAUGGACACAACUAAUACUCCUCACUUUAUCUCCUUUGCCCAGCCCUCUCUUCCCAUGGACACACAUUGGGAAGGAAACAGAGAAUUCUGUUUUUUUGUCUGACACUCCAAGGAAGCAGAUGGAGAAGCUAAAUCCUUCCCCAUAACUUACAAGUACGAAGAGGUUUCGGUAUCCAUUCUUGAAUAUUUAAUGUGUAUGAUGAUAGUAUAAGACUUGUAUAAUGUUAUGUAAGACUUAUUUUUAAUAUUAAUAUAAUACUUCCUUAUUAUG